CCCUAACAACAAAACUCUUCAAUUCCAUGAAAUCACAAAAGAUAAAAUGCAGCUGCUACUACAUUGCCUUUAUAUUAGAAACAAAUUGGAGUCCCACCGAAGUCGCCGGAAAACGAAAGGUUCGCCGGAAAACACAGGCCGAGUUUUAACCGGUGAACGGAAGGUUACAGGGAACAGUGAGAAUGUCCAGGCUUGUGAUUGAUUUCACUGUGAAGAAGAAAAGAAGUAGUGUGCGACUCAAACCUAGGGCUAAUUGUGAUGCAAUAUUUAAGAGAUACAUUGGGUGGUUACCAAAUGCUGAGAAUGAGAGUUUGAGAGAUACAGUGGUUGUUUCUGAUGGAUUAGGAAGUAAUAACAAGCUGAAGAAGCUAAAACUCAAGUUUGGGGGUGUUACUCAUACUAUUCAUACCAAGUCUGGUUCUGAUGGUCGAAACCCUAAGGACAACGCAAAUACUAAUGAUCCCCGUUCUUCUGAUAAGAAGAGAGAUGUUGGGGAAAAAUCAGUUAAGUUCUCAAGAACUGAAUCUUAUUUUGCAGCUGAGAAUCAUUCACAUAAAAGAAAGUUAACUGGACAACAUGCCCGUAAGAGCAAGCCAGUUACUGAGAGAUGUGCCUUAGGUGUGGGAUUUAGCGACGAAGAGGGUGAAGAUGCAGAACUUCAAUUUCUUGAAAAAAUCAAUUCAUCAAAAAGAUCAGCUAGUCGUUAUAAAGAUAAUCAAGGAGGCACAACAUUGCGUGGCAUUUGUAAAGAUGCAUUAGAGAAGAAGCAUCGGGAUCAGGACUAUGUGGAAGAAGUCCCAACAUCAAGUGAUGAAUCAAUAUUAGAAGGGAAGAAGCCAAAGAGGGAGUCUGUUGAUUUGGUUGUACGAAGAAACCAAUCCACCCGCAGUAAUCGUAAUUGUUCAGUUGACUCUUUCAAUGAUAUGUUACCUGGGCCAGUUGCAAGCAUUAUUGACAUCUCAGAUAAAAAGGCCAAAUUGUCAGAGGAGCAGCUAAUCAAGAAAACCGAGGCUGCAAAGAGACGGAAAAUUCAAGCAGAGAAGGCAGCUAAGGAGGCUGAGGAGGCAGCCAUUAAGAAGAUACUUGGUCAAGAUUCUGCUAAGAAGAAGAAAGAGGACAAGAUGAAUAAGCGCAGGGAUGACUUAGCAAAGGAAAAAUCUAGUAAACCCUUUCAUCUAGCAUCUCAAACUGUUCGAUGGACUAUGGGUCCCAAUGGAACUGUUGUAACUUUUUCUGAAGACAUGGGUCUACCAAGUAUCUUCCAAGCAAUACCGAACAGUUAUCCUCCCCCGAGGGAAAAGUGCGCAGGUCCAAACUGCACUAAUGCUUACAAGUAUCGGGAUUCCAAGUCAAAGCUUCCUCUUUGUAGUCUUGGUUGUUACAAGGCAAUUCAUGAAAAAAUCUCACCUGUGGUUGCAUGUUAAUCCUUGUAAAUAGUAGAAGACUAGAUUUAGACAUGGGAAAUGCAUGGAUUAAAUAGUGGAGCAAAUAUGAGAAAAUAGUUGGAUUUGAUUUUUGCAAGUGUUGGCCAGGAGGAUAUGUGUGCUUAAUAUGAGAAAUGGUUAUCCAAAUGGACCUAUUUAGCUCAAUUCUGUUAUGUUUGUAUAUUCAUUGUGUUUCAUCUCAUGGCAAUUGAAACCCUUUGUACAUUUA